UGUUCUUGUGUGCGUGCACCGCAUUUCGCCGGCUAUUGCGCAUUGUCGGCGACACGGGCAUAGUUCCGCCACUUCAGCGUCAACUUUGGAGGUGCUCGGAUCGGCUCGUAUUUCGACAACACCUUCGCAGACAAGGCCAAAUUGCUGAGCACCGCGCAAGACGCCAGAAACGACGGCGGAGAGUAACCUAACAGGAGUCGGAUCCGGGAUCGAGCGAACUGUGCAUGCUGCAGAAUGGAGGACAGCGAGGACGACGUGGUGGAGGUGAGCUGCGAUAGGACGAUGGAGAAGAAGGUCCGGGCCAAGCUGUUGGAGAUCCGUAAGUUUGUGCCCUUUAUUCGGCGUGUGCGAAAGGACUUCCAGAAGACUUUGUCCAAAGUUCAGGGCCAGCGUCUGGAUGCCCUGGUUGGCCUGCUGGAGCGCGAAAAUGUAUCGAUGAACUCUCUUAACAAGAUCGAGGGGAUCAUCGAAAAGCUAAAGACGCGAUUCAAGCCGAGGAUCGAAGUGGACACUGGCGAAAUCAUUGAUAUCAGUGACAACACAGAGUAUGAUUCCACCGCGUCGACUUCCUCCGGAUCAACCACACAGCCGCCAUACCAAGGAGCGAAUUUCUUAGAUAAGGGCGGCCUGUUAAACCGAUCACCUCUUUCCUCAUCGGCUCUCACAAAGUUAAAGCCCAUGGAGGCGGCUAGAAGGUCAAAUGGAUCACUCAACCUUGCAUCAGCGGCUACCAAGGCCAAGCCAGCGACACCAAAGGAACAGGAGCUGGAGCGCAGCUCAAAAGCUUCUUGUUCCAUAUACACAAAGACUUCUUCUGUGGCUGCCAAUUCAAAUGCUUCCGGGUCUUUGAACACCCCAAAGACUCCCAGCUCCAAGCCAUCAGAUGAGGUGCAGCUGACGUCACCAGAACCACGUACCUCCCGUCAAGCUGUUGUUCAGGAUAUGACGACACCAACCAUUCCAGAACCAACAUCCCCGGCGGUUAAGAAACUCCAUCAGCAUUCCACCCCUCCUGGCAGUCGCGGAGUUCUGGCUGCCAUGCAGAAGGCUUUAAUGGAAGAGAAGAAGCAGCGUGCUAGCGCGCAAAAAGCGACAACAAACGCUGCACCGCAGCCAGAGGUGAAUUUCUCGCGGCGAUCUUAUACAACAUCGCCACAGUUAACCCGCCGCUCACCAGCAAAGCCGGUGCAUGCGGAUAGCCCGGAUUUUGCGCGCCGGAGCACAUCGCUUGUGCAGCCUGCUUCUCGGCAAGAAGCCUCUCCAAGGCAAUCCAGAAAAGACGUACCCAUAUCGUCGUCGGUACAGGAUUUACCAGCUUCGGUCAGUGCCAGCACACCAAGCCCCGCAAAUACGCUUGAGGAAGCCCGCAAGAAGCUGGCAGCCUUGCGAGAUGGAGCAGGAACGGCCCCAUGUAUGCCUCCACUGUCCUCAAACAUAAACGAUCCACGCGGCAGAAAGGCCCAAAACCUGCCUAAAACGAACAUCAAUAAUGACAACGACAUUAGCUUAACACUGCCGCCGCCUAUGCGAACACCCUCGCCUAUUCCGCCGCCACCGAGCAUGAGGCCCGGUUCGUGGGCACCAUUUUCAAAUGCUUCCCUGGAGAGCGGCUUUGUAAUCCAGCGUGCUCCGCGGCGCAACUCAGUAUCUCCGGGAGAUUCUCGAGCCUUUGGGGAUGCUUUGGCACAGGACCCUGGCCUUGAACCCAGGUCCUUCUAUGACAUUGAUUCCCGAGAACCACGUGACCCUCGCAUCUGGAAAAACAAGUCCGCCCAGCAGCAGCAGCAGCAACAGCAUCUGACGCCUCAGGCACAAGUUCCGCCGUAUGCCAGUGACCCGCGUCGUGCUACAAGGAUCUACAGCGGUUACGAAGAGUCGGCCAAUAGAGGGCAAUCUAAUAGUAAUAAUAAUAAUCAUAAUCAGAAUGUAAACGCCAAUGGAAAUUCAUGCAAGUCCAACUGGAGUGGCAAUCAAAAUGGAAACGGUCCAAACCCAAGACCCUUUCCGAACAAUCAAAAUGGGAAUGAAUAUGCUGGUGGGUUUAAUGGAUCGCAUAGUUUCAGGGGUGGAUUCCGUGGCGGCCACAGCAACCGGGGCUUUGGCAAUCCAGGUUCCCGCUAUGAGCGACCCAAAGACGUGCCUCGUACAUAUGGCGAGCACCGCAAAGCCAAGGCCCGCGCUGAGGCGGAGGCCAAGGCAAAGGCUGCGGCGGAGCUACGUCAAUUGGAAGCGGAAGUUAUGCGGCACCUGGAAGCCGAAGGAAAGCGUAGACAGCUUGCCGCCGAAAAGAAGCAAAAGUCGGAUGAGAGCGAGGCGGAGAAGUCGACAACGCCGGUGACGAAUUUGCCGGAAUUGGACACCUCCUACCGCAACGUUACUCUCGGUCCGUUAAGCAAAAAGCUAGACUUUCGAAUACCGAAGAAAACGCUACCAGCGGCAGCGACAAUUACCUCAACAAGCCCAGUCAAUGGAAAUGGGGAUAAUUUAAGCUGCUCCUCAAAUUCCCCCGCAAGCAAAAGCUGUGAUGCCAAACAGGACAAAGAUACUUAUAAGAAUAAAGAUAGACAUUUAGAUAAGACUAAGCAUAAAGACAAGGUAGAUAAGGGCAAAGAAAAGCCGGAGAACACUCUGGAUAAGUCUGAGAAGCAUCACAAAUCGCAGGAAAAGAAGGCCAACGACAAGGAGAAGAACAAGUCCGACAAAAAGGAGAAGAAGAGACUGAAUAGGGAGCAUGAAAAGAAAUCGAAAGCCGAGAGCUCCCGCGAGCUUAUGGACUCGAAUAGCGUGGUCAGUGAGGACAGCUCGGAAAAUACAGACAAUUUGGAAAAUGAACCGCCACCUAGCGAGACCAACUCGUCUCCAGUGCCAGAGCUAGCUCCCAGCACUCCGGACAGUCAGCAGGCCCAGCCAGUGAGUGAAGAGUUGGACAUCCUGGCCAAGAGCCGUAAAACAUCUGGAACUGGAACAAAGUCUUCCCUUACGUCUUCAGCAAAAGCUGCACCAAAGCGACGGAGAUGCACCACAGAUGGUGGAGAUGAGGACACGUUGGAAAAACCGACUAAAAAGAACUGUGGGACGUGGGAUGCAAAGCCUGCCAAUGAAAAAUCGGAGGAUGAUACCAUCGAAGAAAAUAAAUCCACCAAGAAAGUAAGUAAAGAGGGCGACGAGAAGAAAGAGAGCACCGAGGAGGAUACUGAAUUGGAUAAGCCUCCAAAGAUCUCCAAGAUAAAAAUUGUCCUUGGUCCCAAUGCCCAUUCACUGGUGGUGCAUUCUGAUGAUGGCAUCAAGAGCAGGGAACAAAAGUUCAUGGACAACAAAACAUUUGAUGAUGACCACGAUGAUGAGGAGGUGCCCGGUCCUUCACUUCAAUUCCUACACCGGAUCACGAAGCGACGUAGCUCCAUGGCUCCUACAUACAGUAAGCCAUUGGUGGACAAGGAUAAGAUUUCUUCCAGUUAUACCUACGAGGACCUGCCGGAGCAGAAACGCGAGUCUCAGAACGCCCGAAACCUGGCCAACAUGUUCAAGAAAACUGAUGACAACUGCAGCUUAUCCACGCACAACAUUAUUACCGGCAAACGUCGCACUCGCGGAUGUGAGGCCUCCUUUAACGAGACCCAAUUGAGUCGAAGCUGCUUUGGCCUAGGCCAGAUAAACAGGACGCGGGCAAAGGUCAGCGAGGGUAAAGCUACCAGGCCAAAAACUCCAGCCCCUGCGAAAGAUUCUAUGCGUGCUGAUGUUAAUGCAGUAGCUCCUAUUCCCCCUCCAAAUCGUAAGCGGAAAAGGCAGACCGUUCACAAGGAAUCACCGGAUGUGCAAGUGGAGCCUAAAAAGGCUCGCUUGGAGGCCGAGGAGUUGAAGGAGGACAGUGACACACCUGAUGAGCGGCCGGCAGAGAACAACGAGGAAGUCUCCCAAAUAAAAGAGGAUGUAAAGGCCACAGAGCCACUUCCCGUUUCCGAGACUGAAACAACACCAAAGCCCCGAGCGAAACCGCGAAGGAAGCGUAAUGAGCUGGACAAGCUCAACGAGGACAUUGCGCAGAUGUACUACGGCGAGGAAGUGCUACGGGCCACCGGACGCAGGGCUUGUACCCGGCGUUCCCGCUCUCCCUCGCUGGCACGAUCCAGUAGCCGGCAUUCCCGCACAUCCUCUAUAUCGCAAGGCGAUAGCAUCUCCACCGUAUCGGAUUGUAGUUCCAUAUUCGUGCGAAACACGGCGCGAAGGGGCAAAGCCUUCAGAGCAUCCGAAAGCGGCAUCAAUCGUGCCACGUUUAAGGCAACCAUAGAUGCAAAAAAACCAAUGUUGUGCCGUGUGCGGAUCCAGCGAUGUGCUGCAUUGCUGGAGAUGCUUAAGGACCAGGAAAAGAAGGAACAGAAGAAGGAGGAUGAGCGGGAGCAAACAAAGCCGUUGAAAAAAAAGAGGAAAAGUAAUAAAAAUACUAUUACUAACAUAAAUCCCGAAUGGCACUCCAAAUCGAUGGCUGUCAUCAAGUGUGUCGUCUGCUCGACGUUGGUUCGCAGAAGCCCCCUCUGUCAUUAUAUGAUGUGCCAUAAGGAGCACUAUGCCGCCCGAUUGCCACCCGAUGUGCUUACAGAGCUGCGAGCUGGUCGCGGAAAUCGCCCGGAUUACUGGAUUUCACAACGCGGCGUCUACACAUUGCACUUCACUUGCCCGUUCUGUCAGAAGCCACUGCUCCUCGGCCAAAUGGCCCUGAUCGAUCACCUCUCCGCCCACAUGGGCGAGUCGCGAUUCCACUGCUCCAGGUGUAAUAUGCCGCAGAACCGCCUCAGUAGGCUGCAGGCCCACACCGCGACCUGUGGGCCGGGUGCCACGCCUCUGAGUAGCAACAACGGCCGCCUGCCGAUGAGUGUUCACGUGUGCCACAUCUGCCAGUUUCUGCAGUACAGCAAGGAAAAUAUGGACCGGCACCUUAUUGUUCAGCAUGGUCUAACGAAGGAGGAACUGCAGGGUAUCGAGCGGGAGGAGUUGGUUAUCUGCGACUCAACCGACGUCCCAUCUGCGGAGUCGAAUGAGGACGGCAGCGUCAUUGUGCGAGGAACACAGGACAACAGACCGAAGCCAAGCACAUCCAAGCCAGUCAAAAAGAGUAAACAGCAAAAGAAGGCCAAUAAGCGCUUCAUAAAUAUGGUCAAAAAAUCCGUACGUCUAGUAAAGCGCGAAAGAGAAGAGCAGGAUGAACAGAAGGAGGCCCAGGAAGCACAAGUGCAAGUGCAGGAGGACGAAGGGUCGGCGAUCAAAAUGGAGGCUGAUCUGGAAGUGCCGGAGCUACCGCCGCCACCGCCAGAAAGGGAGCCCGUGCUAGUGGUCAAUGAGUGUCUAAUGAACUCUGAAUUGGACGCGGACUUGGAAGAAGUUCUGGAACAGUCCGUUCAAAAUACGAGCCUAAUGGUGGAUGAAAAGCCAGUGGUGCUGCUCAGUGGGUGCACAGAACUUGCGGAGCCUACUGUCUCAAAUCCCGAGCCUGCCGAUGAUUCAUCUGCACAAGAAGAAGAUAGCGAUUCUGAUGUGGAUGUGGAAACAGUAGUGGCUUCCCCUCAGCCACAGCCUGCGCUGACGGCGACGUCGAUGGUUGCGGAAGUCAGUCUAGCCGAAUUGGCUGGGGAUGUCCUUGAUGGGAUUGGCAGUGACGGAUCCGACGUCGAGAAUGAUGAUGAUUCAGAGCAAGAGGAUACCAAUAACGAAAACGUCGACGAGGCUAAUAACAAAACUUGUGAUGACGAUGAUGCGCUUACCGACGAGUGGGUGGAUCUGGAAACUGCCAAGAGCAACUCCAAGGCCUCCAAGAGCAUUUUCCACGUGUUCAAUCGCUUCUGCUCGCGCCUGAACAAAGGACCCCGAUCAAGCAAAGCUGUGCCCUCGAGUGGUAGUCAAUGCAGCGAUGGCAGCAACGAGGACGUCCCUGAUCCCAGCGAGCUUAUGCCCACAAUGCAACCAUUGGAGCCGGAGCCGGAGCCAGAGCCAGAGCCACAGCCGGGGGAUUUACCCACAUCUACGGGUGUUAAGUCGCUAUCCAAGCGGGUGGAGAAUGUGGCCUUUCGAAAGUCCUCAUCAGAUGAUGACCAAAAUCAACUGGCAUCCUAUUACUGCGUGCAGCCGGGCUGCACUUUCCUCUUUUCCGAUGAGCUGGAAGGCCUCGAGAAUCACUUUGCAUUGGAGCACCCUCUGGUUCGAUGGAGCGGCAAAUGUGGCAUGUGCCAUCAAAAACUGAAGGCAACGGGAACGAAUCUUGGAAUCUCUGAAGAGUUGCGUCACAUGAGGGACGUGCACAUGAAAGAAAGAUCAACGCAACCUCCUCAGCCAUCUGCGGAAGAAAUUCCAGCCGUUAUAGAAUUACAGCCUGAGUCUCAACCUGAAUCAGAACCUGAUCCCGUUCCCGUUCCCGUGCUUUGCAAGCUACGCGUUCGACGCUUCACUGGCGACCGCCUUGUUGCGGAUUCACAAGCGGAGAAGAGCCAACCGGAAGAAAUAGUUUCAGCGGAUGCUGAUAAUCAGCGAAAUGGGAUGCUAAGGGAUUUGCUGGCUGCGGAUCCACGGCCACCCAAUCAGCAGUUGGACUUCCACGCCGCCGGUUUGGGCGAGUUCCUUACCGCCAAGCCCGAUUCUACGGAGCCGUCAGCGGAGCCGGCCGAGCAGCAGCACGUAAUAGUUGGCUAUCCGAGUGGAUUGGGCUUGAAAAUCAGCCAGGUUUUCAGCAGAACUCAAAUUUCGGCGGACGCAGUGCUAUCGCCAGUCGUUAACGAUCCUCUGCCGGUGGAGGCAUCUGCUCCUGCCGCCGUUGAAGAUAAUCGUAAUCGAUUUAGAUGCAUGGCCAACAACUGCAAUUUCACCGCUCACAAGGUCAUGUUCGUCCGCGAGCACAUGAAGUUUCACAGCUUCAGUUUCAGCAGCAGCGGUCACCUGAAUUGCGCGUACUGCUCCCAUGUGGCAGUCGAUGUGGAUGAUUACUUGCGCCACGGAGUGAUCAUUCACGACCUGGCACCGCGCUCCGAUCUGGAGAGUUCCACUGGAGCACCAUCUGUUAGCCAGAAAAUCCGGGAUAUGCUCAACCUGCGAGAUAGUGCCACCAGCGGCCGUGUUUCAACUGCAGCCACCACCAUCACUGCCCAAUCGGCCAUCAACGGCAAUGAGCCAGCGGCGGGGGGAUCAACCGCCGUCCCCACCUCUCUGGACUCCCUGUCUGAUGUGAUCUUGGGUCUGUUCAAAUCCACGGGAUACAGUGAGGAUAAACUAUUCGGCUGUCCCAUAAGAAGCUGCAUCGUGAAGCUGACGGGUGAGCAGUUUGUGAACCAUCUGCGCUAUCACAUCCGUAGCACCCAUCUGGGCAGCGGGUCGGUGAGAUGCAAGUUCUGCCCCCGGGCGAUGCAACCACCGGCACUCCGUACGCAUCUGCAACAGUACCACGCCCGCCACAGCAUCUUCUGCGGCAUUUGUUUGGCCACAUCGGUCAACAAGCUCAUAAUGUUGUAUCACAUGCGCACGGUGCACUGCAAGGCCUACUCCCGGUCUAACCGGUCGAUACAGUUCGUGCCGCUGCCUGUGAAGCCCGACGCUGCCAAGAAAAGUGUAGAAACGCAAUGUUUUGUUGCCGUCUUGGAACAGCCCUUUGGCAACCUUCAGAUGCAGAAUUUUCAGCGCAAGCUGUUCGAGGAAAUGGAACUCCGGCGCUCGGGCACAAAGACGGACUUCCGCAGCUCCGAGGUACAUCUCCUGCCAACACAGCCAAUGUUCCAGCAACCGCUGCGCUGUGCGGAAUGCCCCUUCUCCAGCUCGGUAAGGACUAACAUGCAGGUGCACCUCUACGAGCACAAAGAGGAGAACAUUCGGGAGGCCUACAAAAGGGAGGAAACCCUCUUGGCACCAACUGUUCCGGCGGGGGCAGUGGUGGCACCGCAGAGGCCAGUCAUCGAUUUGCAAGAACCAUCUACUUCUGGGCAAAGUUGUGAAACACCACAACCGCCGCAGCCCGAACCAGUUGUUCCUGGAAUCCACAAGCCCAUCCAGCCGCCGUUUUGCUUUGUGCCCCCGGAUCUACGCUACCGCUGCGGCUUCUUCCUAUGUGGCACGCUGUGUUCCUCGGAAUCGGCGUUGCGCAAACACAUGAUGGGUAACCACAAAUACUCAGAGGUGGUGAGCUGCCCGCACUGCAAUAAAUCCCAAGGUCACGUUAGCGUAGAAAAGUACGCGGAUCAUCUUUCCAUGCAUAAGCGGUACAUCUUUCAAUGCGGUGAUUGCUCACGCCAUAAUAGCAGACGUGCCAUCGAACGGCACAUCCAGGAGCGUCAUCACAAAAAUGUGGACUUGGUCGUACAUCGCCACAGUGACACCAACGGGACGACCGACGCCCGCUGGCUGAAGGCGCCUAAACUGGCGCGCGAAGCCUUAAUGGAGUACACGUGUAACCUGUGCCCCCAGUACUUUCCUACGACCGUGCAAGUCAUGGCCCAUGCAGCGUCCGUUCACGAGCGGAACUACCAGUACCACUGCCCGUACUGUGCCUUUGGUGGAAACUUAGCCACCGUGCUCAUUGAACACAUUCUUCGCGAGCACCCGGAAAGGGACGUGCAGCCUUUGCAAGUUUACCAGCGCAUCGUGUGUAAGAGCAAGCAGACACUGGGCUUCUACUGUACCACAUGUCACAAGGCGGCCACUAGCUACCAACAGAUGGCUGCACACUGCGAAAAGAAGCACAUGUCGCGCUGCCAGGUGCAAUGUCCCCACUGCGUCUUCGGGCAUUCGCUGGAGCGCCAGGUAGCCUUACACAUACACGAGACGCAUCCUGAUGAAACCGGACUGGCGGUGGUUCAGUUCGAACGUGUGCUCAACGAAAUCCCAGACAGCAUAAGUUGGGAGAUGGGUCGCCCCAUCAAAAUAGAGCCUGAGAAGGAGAAGGAACAGGACAAUGAGCAGGGCGUGUUCCUAUCACUAAACCAGAGACGGGAAUCAGGAGGAAGGCAAUUGCAGGAGGCACAGAUUGUAACGGAAGUGGUAGACCUGCUGGAUUCAGACGACGAGACGGACGAGCCCAGCGAAAAUGAUGAACUGAAAAUCAUGGAGUUCGCCUGCACGCACUGCGGCGGAACAAACACGAACUUGUCGGACCUACGCACCCAGCACUGGGCUCGCGAUCAUCCGGAGCAGCCCUUCUAUUUCCGCGUGCAGCCUCUGCUGCUCUGCUGCGAGUGCAAGAGCUUUAAGGGCAACGCAAAGGCACUGCGCGAGCACCUGCUUAGGGGGCACGCCAUCCGGAACAUAGUGGCUGCGGACAUUCGUCAACCGUCGGAGUGCGCGUACUGCGACUACCGCUAUACCAACUGGCAGGACCUUGCGCAGCACAUCAGUCGGUUGGGUCAUCUGCCCAAUGAUCUGAAGCACGUAACAAAUGCUGAACUGGAUGCCCUAAUGCUGCUCAGUGCCAGUGGAAGUGGUGGGAUCGUAAACGAAUACUACCAGUGCGGAUUGUGCAGUGUGGUGAUGCCGACGAAGGCGACUAUUGGCCAGCACGGUCAAGUGGAGCACAGCAAGCCAGGCGAGCGUUUUUGCUUCCGGCAGCUGGUGUCGGCGGUGAUCUAUCACUGUUCCUACUGCAUCUUCACUUCGACCGAUGAACUGACCACGCUGCGCCAUAUGUUGGACCACUACAGCCGCUUCCUGGUUUGUCAUUUCUGCACGCGCUCCCAGCCUGGUGGCUUCGAUGAGUACAUCCAGCACUGCUACACUUACCACCGGAACGAUAUGAAAAGCUUCCGGAAAGUGCAUACGUUUAUCGAUCUGAAGAAGUUCCUUAUGCAGGUGCAUUACCAAUUCCAGAACGGGUUGAUUAUCACAAAAAGCAGCCUCCGCUAUACACGUUAUAAUACAGAAAGUAUAAUGCGUAAGCUAGACAAUGAGCUAAUGACUAAGGCCCAGAGGCCACCAAUUCCGCGUCUACAUAUCAGACUCAAAUCGACUGGGGUCCAAUUGCAGAGCCGGGAGCAGGAGGCUCAAGUGCAGGAACCUGUCUCGUUGGUGCGGAUCGCAAAGCGGCGGAAAACGCUUAAUCCUGGCGAACUACUCCGCUUAUCCCGUCAGGAGAAUGAGGUACAGCCACAGGCGCCGCCCACAGCUGUCGAAACUGCCGCUCCUUCCACUUCGUCGGUGGCGGCUACUUUUGCUACGGCAGGGUCUCUCAUCAACAUUCUGAAGCGCCGGAACAGUCUCGUUGUUCGCCCUGCUACCAAAAACUUGGAUCAACACUAACACCACAC